AUGCCUGGUGCUGACGACGUGCUGGAGUGCCCCGACCUGCGCCACGUCCUCGCCGCCAGACCGAGCCCCUUCGUGCCCCACAACAACUUUGGUGGCGGCUUCGUCAGCGAUGCAGACCGUGUGGCGUUGACAUCGAUGAGGUUUGCAUCUGGCAUGUCCGCCGGCGCCGCCGCGCAGAUGCAGCUCGCGGCGGAGACCGAGACGGCGGCGGCCGGCAGCCGCGGCGCUGUGAACUGGAUGGAGGCUUCGCUUGAGCAGCUGUCGACGCCGCUUCCGCCCUGGUCCAUCCGCGCUGGCGCGCGGGACACGAUCUACCACGACCCCAAGCACACCACCGCCGCCAUCGUCACGUGCGGCGGCCUCUGCCCGGGCCUCAAUGACGUCGUCGCGGGCCUGGUCAAUAAGCUGACAGACUAUGGCGUGCCUGAGGGCAACAUACUGGGCAUUCGCUACGGCUUCAGGGGCUUUUACGACAAGACCCACAAGCCGAUCGUGCUGACUAAAAAGAGCGUGGACGGCAUCCAGCUGCAGGGCGGAACCAUCCUUGGCACGUCGCGCGGCGGCGCCAACAUCAAGGAGAUUGUCAAGCGCAUUGACAUGUGGGGGGUGGACAUGCUGUUUGUGGUCGGGGGCAACGGCGGCAACGCCGGCGCCAGCGCAAUCCAGCAGAAGUGUGCAGAGUCUGACGUGGCGUGUAACGUCAUCGGCAUCCCCAAGUCCAUCGACAAUGACAUCCUGCUGAUUGACAAGUGCUUCGGCUUCGACACCGCGGUGGAGGAGGCCCAGAGGGCGCUGCUGGCCGCAAAGGUGGAGGCGUCAUCUGCGCGCAACGGCAUCGGCCUGGUGAAGCUGAUGGGGCGCCAGUCGGGGUUCAUCGCGGUGCAGGCCUCCAUGGCAUCAGGUGUGGUUGACGCGGUGCUGAUCCCGGAGGUGCAGUUCAAGCUGGACGGGCCCACAGGGCUGAUGGCAUACCUGGAGCAGGUGAGAUGCAGGGAUUGA